AUGCCUGUCGUUAGUUCCCAAUCGAAGGGCUCUGGAGAUGCCCCAAGGCAAUUCAAUCAGCCAUCGAGAAAAGGGAAAAAGGCGUGGCGGAAGAAUGUUGAUGUGACUGACGUCCAACUUGGCCUGGAGGAACUGAAUGAAGAAAUUAUUCGGGGUGGUGUUAUCCGAGAGAAAGACUCUUCAGAGCUCUUUACCAUUGACUUGGCAGGUGACUCCAGAAUCUCGAAACAAUUUCCCAAGCACGUCAAAAAGGGCCUCAAAGCGGAUGAGAUCCUCGCUCAACGAUCUGCAGUUCCGGCUGUCUCCUUGCGAAAGCGACCUGGGGAGAAAACCAGCAACGAAGACCUCUCUACAAAGCGACUGCGCACUGAUUGGGUACCACAUAAGGAAUUACAGCGUCUAAGGCGUGUCGCGGAUGGUCAUCAUGGUGGUACUGUUGAGGCGAAAGAUGCAACGUAUGAUGUUUGGGGAGAUGCGCCCAGCACAAAAACUGACAAUGUCCUCGAUUUCUUGCCAGUUCCGGACUCUGUUAAGCAACCCAAAUCUCUCUCACAAAGGCCGAUUUCCUUGGCCGCCAGUGGUAAGUCGAUUGCCGCCGUUCCAAAGCCAGGCGGAGGAUAUAGCUACAAUCCCUUGUCCACGGAUUAUGAAGCCCGGCUUUCAGAGGAAAGCGCCAAAGUUUUAGAAGCCGAGCGGCGAAAAGUCGAGUUAGAAGAAGUAGAAAGACAAAAACAAGAAGCAGCUGCUCGAUCCGCUGCUGAAGCCGAGGCGGCUGAAGAGCGGGCAAACAUGUCUGAGUGGGAAGACGACUCUGAGUGGGAGGGUUUUCAAAGCGGCGUCGAAGACGAAAAGCCUAACACCAAGCGACCACAGCGCAAGACCCCAGCCCAAAGAAAUCGCAUCAAGCGUCGAAAGGAGGAAGAGAGGCUUGCUAAACACAAAGCUGCUAUGAAGAUAAGGAGGGCACAAGAACAGCGGAUCAAGGAGAUUGCAGCUGAGGUUUUGGAUCGGGAGCAGACCAAAUCCGCCAUAACAGUAGAGGGCUCUAAUGCUGGCAUCGAGCUUGGCGAUGAUAAACUCAGGAGGAGGCAGCUUGGGAAGUUCAAGUUGCCUGAGAAAGACCUCGAGCUGGUCUUGCCGGAUGAACUGGAGGAGUCUCUACGGCUGUUGAAACCUGAGGGAAAUCUCUUGAAGGAUCGAUAUCGAAGUAUGCUUGUUCGAGGGAGAAUCGAGAGCAGAAGACACAUUCCAUUCAAGAAACAAGGCAAGAGAAAGGUCACAGAAAAAUGGAGUCACAAAGAUUUUGUCUUGUAA